ACUAAUUUAAUAAACAUGACCCGAUCGGGAAGUCGCACAAAGUUUGAAAAGCUUAAGACGAAACCAAAAAUGUACAACACAAAUAUUGUAAUGGGUAGCCAAAAAGAAAACGAAGAAAAGAAAAAAGCAAAAUGUGAUAUGUUAGCUGUUUAUAUGCCAGAUGAAGACAUCCAAAGUCAGUUAAUGACAAUGAAAAAAACCUCUCAGGAAUGUAUAGACUAUCGGAGUUAUCUCCCUGUAUACCAACCAACAACAAUGCCUUUUCGAAAUGACCUGAAAAAGCACAAACACAGAAAAAUAUUACUGGGAAUAUUAUUUGCAUCAAUAAUAGUUCUGUUCAUGGCACUUGGAGGAACAAUAGGAUACGGCGUAUACAAGGGAAUGUUCUAAGAGUUCACCCAUUAAAAAUGGAGGCCUUAUAGCGAUAGGUUGCAGUUUACCUGCUGCCAUGAAAGACUAUAGAAGUUGAUGAACAUUGAAACAUUGCUAGCAGAGUUGGUGCUUCUAUAUGUUAAACAAAACGAUGCAAAAACCAAGGUUGUUCAAAAACUAUAAAAGUGCCUUUUGCGGAUAUAUUUUUUGAUACAAAUACAUUUUUUACCCAUUUUUAUAAACUGCUUUAUUUUCAAUUGUAAACUGUCUUUACGUACAACUUCUAUAUGUUCUAAUUAUGUUUUGUAUGCAAAUCGACAGUCUUAGUCUGAAAAUUCCUUAUAAAAGGUUGAAGUCACACUUUUAUGGUAAUUUGAAAUUACAAAAAGGAAUGGAUACAAAACCUUGAUGUACAACGUAAAUUACAUUCAUCAUAAAAUACUAAAGUAACAUAGCUAUCAGUGGACACUCACAAGAUUGCUAACAACUAUUGUUACGCAUAUACAUGUAUGACAGGAACCCAGGUUGAUAUAGGGUUCAUUAUUGAGGUUGAUUGUGCAAUGACACUGAAUAUAAACUAUUUAUGGAUGUUGAUCAUGGAUUCUGAAAUAGAUAAGGGAGCAAAAUGGCAACUUCAAAAGUGGGACUUGUUAAAAGUCUAUGCAUUAACUAAAUAAUAUGUAUUUAGCCCUUCCGGGCACCUCUUGUUAAAAGUCUAUGCAUUAACUAAAUAAUAUGUAUUUAGCCCUUCCGGGCACCUCUUGUUAAAAGUCUAUGCAUUAACUAAUAAUAUGCAUUUAGCCCUUCCGGGCACCUCUUGUUAAAAGUCUAUGCAUUAACUAAAUAAUAUGUAUUUAGCCCUUCCGGGCACCUCUUAUUUCCAUAUAUCCGUUUUUCUCUGAAUUCUCAUUUUUAAAGUUUGACAAUCAAAGAUUGGUUAUCAACACCAUACGGCGAUGAACAACCAAAAGAAAGAUCAAUUAUUUUGUGUUGUAAAAUUAAAACUGUAAAUAAGCAGUGUAUAUCCCGUCCGAGCUUAUGAUAUCAUGACCAUGCUGGAUCUUUUUCAUACCAUUUGUACACACAAUUUAUUAUGAUCACGUUUUUUAAAAACACAUUUUCUUUUGAUUUCAAAGCUCUUUUGUUGUGUAAAUUCGGGAUGUAUCUUAAAGAUACAUGUUAUUUUAUGUGGAUAUCGCAACUUGUGUGUAUAUGUGUGCUAAGAAGGUUGUACAACUAUAUAUUAGAGAGAGAAAGAGAAAGAGAGAGAUUGGGAUGAGUACAUUUGUUGUCUAUUAUAUAUGAGCUGGCGUAGAAAGAAAAACAAGAGAGAUAGGCAGAACGAGAGACUUCUACGAUCAACAUUGUUUA